AUGGUCACAGCUCCGUACCAGGAUAAUAUAUCGAUUUUCCUUUCAGUGUUCGUAUUCAUCAUGAAGGUUUUCAUCAACUCCCGUGCCGUUUUCAUGUCUGAAAAGCCCAAAAUGACUGACCACAACCACGCAGGCUUCCAUUUGAUGUACAGAAAGGUACUGCUCGAUAAAUGCCAUCAAGGGUCGGCGCCAUCGGACAGGCAAUGCCACAGUUGUCACAGGAUAGGCCACUUUUAUGAGUCGUGUCCUUUCAGAAUGCAAGGAAAAGAUAAUAGGCGAAGAUAUACAUCUAACUCCACAAACAACAGUUAUCGCUCCAACGACGGGUUCAAUAAUCACAGGAAGACGUCAGAGGAUUCUAAUGGUGUUGGAGAUCGAUUGGGCUAUCAUAAAAGGGUAAAAAUAUCGUUUCAGGUUUUUUUUGUGCUGAGAAUUAUACAUAUGGUCAACGACCCUACAAAUAAUCUUCUCAUCCAUCACGCUCAAACUGGAUCUUAA